CGGGGUUGGUGAGUGACUCAACCCAACCCCUUCUUACUUUUGCUUAAAAACUACCAAUCCCAAACCACACCGCAACACCGCACUCUCUCUCACACCCAUUCCCUACCCACACAACAUCUUCCAAACUUUCUCAAUUCCUCUCUUCUCGUCUGUGGGAGAUGAUAAUCAAGGUGAAAGAGUCGACGAUGGUGAGGCCGGCGGAGGAGGUGGCGCGGCGGGUGGUGUGGAACUCGAACGUGGACCUGGUGGUGCCGAAUUUCCACACGCCGAGCGUGUACUUCUACAGGGCGAACGGCGCCACCAACUUUUUCGACUGCAAGGUUUUGAAGGAGGCGCUGAGCAAGGUUCUGGUGGCGUUCUACCCAAUGGCGGGGCGGCUCCGGCGAGACGAAGACGGGCGCGUGGAGAUCGACUGCGACGGCCAAGGGGUGCUCUUGGUGGAGGCCGACACCGGCGCCGUCAUCGACGAUUUCGGCGACUUCGCCCCCACGCUUGAGCUCCGUCAGCUUAUCCCCGCCGUGGAUUACUCGCAAGGGAUCGAAAGCUAUCCCCUCUUGGUCUUACAGGUAACACAUUUCAAAUGUGGAGGGGUGUCACUGGGAGUUGGCAUGCAACAUCACGUAGCAGACGGAGCCUCUGGUCUUCACUUCAUCAACACAUGGUCUGACGUGGCCCGUGGCUUGGACGUGUCCAUUCCACCCUUCAUUGACCGAACAAUACUUCGUGCACGUGAUCCACCUCGACCCGUUUUUGACCACAUUGAAUACAAGCCCCCACCAGCCAUGAAGACUCCACAACCCACAAAACCAGGUUCGGAUAGUGCAGCAGUUUCUAUCUUCAAACUCACACGUGACCAGCUCAACAAACUCAAAGCCAAGUCCAGAGAAGACGGCAACACAGUCAGCUACAGCUCCUAUGAGAUGCUGGCGGGACACGUGUGGAGAAGCGUGUGCAGGGCAAGAGCACUCCCUGAUGAUCAAGAAACCAAGUUGUACAUUGCAACUGAUGGAAGGUCAAGGUUGCAACCUCCACCCCCAUCAGGGUACUUCGGCAAUGUGAUAUUCACAACCACGCCUAUUGCUGUGGCUGGUGAUCUCAUGUCAAAGCCAACAUGGUAUGCUGCAAGCAGAAUCCACAAUGCAUUGGUGAGAAUGGACAAUGAGUAUUUGAGAUCAGCCCUUGAUUACCUAGAGCUGCAGCCUGAUCUGAAGGCUCUGGUUCGUGGGGCCCACACUUUCAAGUGUCCAAACCUUGGCAUCACUAGCUGGACCAGGCUUCCGAUCCAUGAUGCUGAUUUUGGUUGGGGGAGGCCCAUUUUCAUGGGACCAGGUGGAAUUGCAUACGAGGGGCUAUCUUUCAUUAUUCCAAGCUCAGCCAAUGAUGGAAGCUUGUCUGUGGCAAUUGCUCUUCAGCCAGACCAUAUGAAGGUGUUUGAGGAUUUCUUGUAUGACAUUUGAAAACCACGGAGAUGUUUGUCCCUUUUUAUUUGAACACCACAAUGUUUCUACGUGGCGUUUUAUUUCCUACUUUUUGUUUACUUUAUAGAUACUUUUGACAAAUAGUAUGGAACUGUUGAUGGGACUCAUUUCUGUUUUUCAGACUGCAUCUUAUUGUUGUAAUCUGUAAACAUGAACGAACUUUAACUACAAUUGAUUUGAUAUUGUAUUUUGCAUUA